UCAAGUCACUUAAUAUUUCUCUUCGUCUUGUUCUGCUCUUACAAUUUCCUCAAAACCUAUUUUCCCUGAAAUGCAACCUCUGUUGGAGUCUCUGGACGUGUUUCAUCCGAUACCAUUUUAUCCUUUGCAAGUAUCAUUAGUAUCUGUUUCAAAUCAAAGCCCUGAUAUUGAUGUUGAGAAUAGUUUUGCACUCCGAAAGCACAAGAAACCCAAAACCAAGUGGCUUUUUGGAGAAAAUAUUGAAUCUCUGUAACUCCAUAUUGCUGUAUUCAAGGAGGGUUUAGUACGCAGCAGCAGAACCCUUUAUUUUUCUGGGUACCCAUGAAAGGAAAUCCAGUUUUUCGCCAAAGUUUUUUUGCAUUUUAGAGUUAUUAUGGAUCCUAAUUCCGAAAUUCUUGAAAUUAGCUCUGAUGAAGACGGCACUUGGGACGAAGGCAGUGACGAUAAUCUCGAUUGGAUUUACGAACUGCUUGAACCAGUUGAUGGUGAAACAGAAGAUUCAGACGAUGUGGUGUUUGUGGGUGAGAACCAGAUUUCCAAGCCUACGGAAAGAGCAAAACCGGACUCUAGGGUUGAUUUGGACGAUGAUUGCACUAUUUUGGAGAGCGACCCUGAUAAUUCAGUUGCAGCUGUAAAUGACUCAGUGGAUGGAUCGGAUGAGUUGCUUAUUGUCGGUGAGAAGGGACAGCUUGCAUGUAGAGACUAUCCUCACCCAAGACACCUGUGUGCUAAAUUCCCUUUCAGUUCGACUCCGCAUGACAAGUACUGUGACCUGUGCCACUGUUACGUCUGUGACUCGCCUGCACCAUGCAGCUACUGGGGCACUGGUGUUUGUACUACCGACCACUGUCAUUCCACCGAUAAAGAGGAGAAAUGGAAGGUACAGAGAAAAUAUUUUAAGCAAGGCAUAUUACCACCAACACAAGGCCUGAAGCUUCCUAAUAACACUCUUUCAGUGAUGCCUCCCUUGCCUAAUCAAACUCUACCAUUCAAUCCAUUGCAACUCCCCAAUAGUGGUUCUGUAACACAUUCAGUCUAUUCACCCCCUCUCCGUCCUUGCUCCUCAACGACCAGUUUUGGUGUGCCUAGUAUCAUAGGCCACAGAAGUAAUCAGCGACCAGGACUCACCCUAAACAGAAGCAGAUGCCCACAGAAUUUAAGCAGAUCAUCGCUGAUGCUUGGUACAAAUAACCUCAUUCGAAGAGAGAAAAACGAGAUUGUUGGUGCUUCGGGACCUCAAUUCACUACACAGCGGUUUAAAAGGGUUGCAUCUGUGCCAACAGUUUUCCCAAUGAGCCAACAUGGAUAUGGUUCAUGUAAUAUCAGAAAUGAUUACAAAUCACAUCCACUGAGGAACCAACAUCCAGUGGUAAUGCCAAAUGAUGAGAUCAAUGUGAGCUGGCAGGACAUUCUUGCGGGAAGUGAUCCGAACUUUGGUUCCUGUGAGAAUUUCUCCCAGCCUAAUACUGGCAGCAACUUCUCAGAAUUUCAGUUAUAUACUAGUUCUCAACCCCAUGUAUAUAGUCAGCCCAUUCCUCAAUCAGGUGGAGACCAAAAUUUGUACCAACAUGAGAAUUCAGCUCCAGCUGCAGUAAAUCCCAGCGUGUCAGACUUCAACUCAGGUUGGAUGGAUGGUGCAACUCAGGGUGCUCAACAUUCCACAGCAGAAGCUUCCCAAAUUCAAGGUGUACAACCAACAUCUGACCUGCUACCUGUCCAAAGUUUAUACCAGAAUGAAAGUCCACCUGGUAGUGCUGCAAAUUCCCAGUAUACUGGGAUCCCAAAUCUAGCUUCAUCAGAGUUCUGGAUUAGGUCUCUGGACUAUGAGCCCAAUUCGGGGAUUGCAAAAGAUUCUGUGCCUCUCCAGCCCACACCUGUAGAGCCAGCCAGUCUUUAUUACGAUAUGGAAAGCCCUUGGAAUGGUCUUCCACAUGUCUAGCAAAUUCAUCUAGUGUUCUGUUACUGGCUUGGGAAUCAGGUAAGGAGCCAACCUUAUUUUUACUGUGUCAGGAGUUCUUAGGUAUAGAUGUUUUAGAAGCUGAAGGAGCAGGUAUACCAUAAUCACGUUGACUAUUAGCUUGUAUUUUGUACAGGAUUGGGUGGCCUUGCAAUGAGUUUAGUUGUUAAAAUCUUAAUACUCUUGAAAAUCUGAGAUCUCAUCAUGUUUAAGUCUAACAGUGCAAGGGAAUAGAUGUUAAUAGUUCUGGUGUAUGGACAUAAGAAUUGUU